AUGGAAAGCGCUACAAACGUGAAGACACUCAUCGAUCAGUUUGAGCUCAUGGCACGAGCCAAUGCCGUAUCCUCAGCUCCACGAUCUCAGUCCGUGUCAACAUUCAAGAAAACGACACAGCUAAAGGCCGACAACUUAUUGGUGAAGAAAAACAUUCAACACAUGAUCACAAAUUACUCCCGCACACCAUCGAAACCCGUACAAAUGAUCCAGAAUGCCGAAAAAGCUGUAGAGCCUGUUGAGGACUUAUCACGGGAGAAAGAAGAAGUCCUUUGUAACACAUCGAGGAAGGCCUCCUUUUACAAGAGGCUCACUGUCCAUACGUCGGCCAAAUAUGAUACCACAGCUCUUGACUCGUACGACUCCACUUUCUGCUCAAAGGUCCCUCGCAGCCCAUCGUAUUCGACCGCCUCUACGUGCUCUCUGGACUCGCUUCUCAGCCCGCAGGAUUCCAUUCUACACGAGCUACUGCAGAAGCCAGGUGAGACUAAUACCGAAGUUGUCAGCCGCUCAAGACGGCCUGCACGUGAUGAAAAUCUGCAGCUCACGACAACGUCAAAGUGGAUCCCGGCAACCUCCAAUCGGCGUAGUUUGCUCGUCAGGAAGCCACCAUUCAUGACGAAGAAAGAGUCGUCGAUUCCAGUACCAAAAUCGACAAGCCUUUCUUCCAAAUCAACACGAAGCGCUGUGGUGUCAUCCCGACCCGUGAAGUCUCUCUCAAAUAUAUCGUCUUCGCCUCGAUACAUGAACUACGCUAGUUCGCCGCGCUACUCGGCCACAAAAGCCUGGAACAUAGAGCGCCGUCGCCAGCUUGAAGAGCGCAACCGCAGCCUAGCCAUUGAUAAGGCCAUGCUCCCAAUUGCAAAACAACACACCCGCCAUACACGCCGGAGUAGCAGGGUCGAACGGAACAAGUGCGGUCACGAUUGUACGAUCUCAAGGAGAACCAGCACGCAGCAAAACUAG